AUGACAGAAACAAAGAAACAAAAGCUUUCCAAACCAAAGAAAACAUUGGUAUUAAAUGCCUUCACUAAUGGUACUUUAUAUUCACAAAUUCCAGGUAUUUGGAGACACCCAAAUGAUAAAACAUCCACUCAUACAGAACUAUCCUAUUGGACUCAGCUUGCAAAGACAGCAGAAAGAGGCAAACUCAAUUCAAUUUUCAUAGCUGAUACUUUAACUUAUUUUGAUGUUUAUAAAGGUCCAAAUAAUCCUGGUCCAUCUCUUGAAGUUGGUAUAAAUGCUCCAAAAUUAGACCCGAGUAUCCCCAUAAGCGCAAUGGCUUCAGUCACAGAAUCAAUUGGAUUUGGAAUCACAUUCAGUACAGUUUCUGAACAUCCAUACUUGUUAGCUAGAAGAUUAGCUACAUUGGAUCAUUUGACCCAGGGUAGGCUGGGCUGGAACAUAGUUGCUAGUUAUCUUCCAUCUGUUGGUAGACAAUUGUUAAAUGGUGGUGAAUUGUUAGCUCAUGAAGAUCGAUAUGCUCAGACUCAAGAAUAUUUAGAAAUUGUUUAUAAAUUAUUAUUAUCAUCUUGGAGAGAAGAUGCAUUGAUCAAAGAUAAAUCUAGAGGUGUUUAUGUUGAUUCAUCAAGAGUUAGGAAUAUUGAACAUGAUGGUAAAUUUUUCAAAUUAAAUGGUGCAUCUAUAACUUCAAUUAUCCCACAAGGAUUCCCAGUGAUUAUUCAAGCUGGUACAUCUAAACAAGGUAAAGAAUUUGCUGCAAAGAAUGCAGAGAUAAUCUUUGUUGGUUCUGGUAAUAAUUUAAGUCAAAGUGGUGAAAGUAUUAAAGAAAUUAGACAAUUAGCUCAAAAUUAUGGUAGAGAUCCAUAUUCCAUUAAAUUUUUGGUUAGUGCUGCACCAAUAUUAGGUAAAACUCAUCAAGAAGCUAUUGAUAAAUGGGAAGACUAUAGCUCAUAUGCGAAUCCAGAAGGUUCACAAAUAAUGUUUAGUAGUCAAUCAGGGAUAAAUUUGGAUAAGUAUGAAUGGGAUGAACCAUUUGGCCAAGAAGUUGGGAAAAACAAUGCCAGUAUUGGGUUAACUAAAAAUACUCUUAAUUCAACAACCAAGACUACUUCAAGGCGGAAAAUCUUUGAAAAUAGUAAAGAAUAUACUAAAUUACUUGUUGGUACAGGUGAAGAAGUUGCCAAUAUAAUUGAAGAAUGGGUUGAACUUUAUGAUAUUGAUGGGUUUAAUUUCUCACAAAGUGUAUUCCCAGAGUCAUUAGAGGACAUUGUUGAGAUAUUGAUACCUGAAUUACAAAAAAGAGGUUUAUUUUGGUAUGAUUAUCCAGUUCCAAAUGGAACUUUUAGAGAAAACUUAUAUCAACAAAAGGACCAUUCAUUCUUACCAAAAGAUCAUCCUGGGUAUCAAUAUAGAUGGACCAAGGAUGAGUCGAGAGAAGAUUUUGAAAACAAGUUGAAGGAUGAAGGAAUAUUGUAG